ACCUAGGGGUCGGUCCUGGUCACCUACUUAGGUGUGUGGCAGCGACAGAGUGUGGCGAAUCACCCUGUCCACUGGCUGACCUGUAGCGAUGCUCCCCGGGUGGCGCGUCCCUGUGUAUGUGGGUCCUUUCCACCCGCUCUUGGAGAGGUGCGUGGGAUGCGCAUCCGCGGCUGUCGGGCCGACCCAGGGUGGGUGAGGGCGGUCCUCCAGGCUUCUCUGUGGCCACCUUGGGAACGCAACUUUGCCAGGGGGUAGGGUAGGAGGAGAGCAUCAGAGCUGGGCGGGUGAGGCUGUAGUCUUGGGCACCCCGCCCCCUCCCGGGCCGCCCCUCCCCCGCGCCCCUGCUCUGGCUCUCCAGCAUCCUCACUCCGCCCAGUUCCGUGCCAGCUGCGUGGGCUCCGGCUUCGUGCGGGUUUUUUUCCCCUUGGAAUGCUCCAAAACUCGGCAGCGACUACGGAAACCCCAUCGGAACUGACCGGCUGCGCUAGCACGGGGCGCAGCACUGGUGCCGCGCGCCAACCGAGCCCACCGCAGUCACUUCAACCACCGGAUUGCAACUUUGCAGGCUUCCCAUCGUUGAGUGGCAGGUCUGCAGUUGCUGAUAAGUGUGUUUUCCCAGGAGCCCAUCAGCCUUAUCUGCUUCCUUCCCUGCUCCUGCUUCCCCACAAUGCAUCUCCAGCAACAAUAAGGCCGACUUUCAGUACUGCAAACAUACAUCAUCUUUGUUCUUCAAGGUUUUAGCAGCAGAGCCCUGCCUCACUUCAGUGUAGAUGAUGGACUAGCAUGGCCUGAAGCAUGGCUCAGUUCUAUUACAAAAGAAAUGUCAACGCCCCCUACAGAGACCGCAUCCCGCUGAGGAUUGUCAGAGCAGAAUCUGAACUCUCGCCGUCAGAAAAAGCCUACUUGAACGCAGUGGAAAAGGGGGACUUUGCAAGUGUCAAGAAAUCUCUGGAGGAAGCUGAGAUUUACUUUAAAAUCAACAUUAACUGCAUCGACCCCCUUGGAAGGACUGCUCUUCUCAUCGCCAUUGAAAACGAGAACCUGGAGCUGAUUGAACUCUUGCUAAGUUUCAACGUCUAUGUUGGCGACGCGCUGCUUCAUGCUAUCAGAAAAGAGGUGGUUGGAGCCGUGGAGCUGUUGCUGAACCACAAAAAGCCAAGUGGAGAGAAGCAGGUGCCUCCCAUUCUCCUUGAUAAGCAGUUCUCUGAAUUCACUCCAGACAUUACACCUAUCAUCUUGGCCGCACAUACAAAUAAUUAUGAGAUAAUCAAACUUUUGGUCCAGAAAGGUGUCUCGGUGCCCAGACCCCACGAGGUCCGCUGUAAUUGUGUCGAGUGUGUCUCCAGCUCAGAUGUGGACAGCCUCAGGCACUCGAGGUCCAGGCUCAACAUCUACAAGGCAUUGGCCAGUCCCUCACUCAUCGCCCUGUCAAGCGAAGACCCUUUCCUCACCGCCUUUCAACUGAGCUGGGAGCUGCAGGAACUGAGCAAGGUGGAGAAUGAAUUCAAGUCGGAAUACGAGGAGCUGUCUAGACAAUGCAAACAAUUUGCUAAGGACCUCCUAGAUCAGACACGGAGUUCCAGAGAGCUGGAAAUCAUUCUUAAUUACCGCGAUGACAAUAGUCUGAUCGAAGAACAGAGUGGAAAUGAUCUUGCGAGGCUAAAAUUAGCCAUUAAGUACCGUCAAAAAGAGUUUGUUGCCCAGCCCAACUGCCAGCAGCUGCUCGCAUCCCGCUGGUAUGAUGAGUUCCCCGGCUGGAGGAGAAGACACUGGGCGGUGAAGAUGGUGACGUGUUUCAUUAUAGGACUGCUUUUCCCCGUCUUCUCCGUGUGCUACCUGAUAGCUCCCAAAAGCCCACUGGGACUGUUCAUCCGAAAGCCAUUCAUCAAGUUUAUCUGCCACACGGCCUCCUAUCUGACCUUUUUGUUCCUGCUGCUGCUAGCCUCUCAGCACAUCGACAGGUCAGACUUGAACAGACAAGGUCCACCACCAACCAUCGUGGAGUGGAUGAUAUUACCGUGGGUCCUGGGUUUUAUAUGGGGAGAAAUUAAACAGAUGUGGGACGGUGGACUUCAGGAUUACAUCCACGACUGGUGGAACCUGAUGGACUUUGUGAUGAACUCCCUGUACCUGGCGACGAUCUCCUUGAAGAUCGUCGCGUUUGUGAAGUACAGUGCUCUGAACCCACGGGAAUCAUGGGACAUGUGGCACCCCACCCUGGUGGCAGAGGCUUUAUUUGCUAUUGCAAACAUCUUCAGUUCCCUGCGCCUGAUCUCACUCUUCACUGCAAACUCUCACCUGGGACCUCUGCAGAUAUCUCUGGGAAGAAUGCUCCUGGACAUCCUAAAAUUCUUAUUCAUAUACUGCCUCGUGCUGCUAGCAUUUGCAAACGGCCUAAACCAACUGUACUUCUACUAUGAAGAAACAAAGGGGUUAAGCUGCAAAGGCAUACGGUGUGAGAAGCAGAAUAAUGCGUUUUCCACGUUAUUUGAAACUCUACAAUCCCUGUUUUGGUCAAUAUUUGGACUCAUCAAUUUAUAUGUUACCAAUGUCAAAGCCCAGCAUGAGUUCACCGAGUUUGUUGGGGCCACCAUGUUCGGGACAUAUAAUGUCAUCUCUCUGGUUGUCCUACUGAAUAUGUUAAUUGCUAUGAUGAAUAAUUCUUACCAACUAAUUGCCGACCAUGCAGAUAUAGAAUGGAAAUUUGCCAGAACAAAGCUUUGGAUGAGCUACUUUGAAGAAGGGGGUACCCUGCCUACGCCUUUCAAUGUCAUCCCAAGCCCCAAAUCCCUGUGGUACCUGGUCAAGUGGAUAUGGACACACCUGUGCAAGAAAAAGAUGAGAAGGAAGCCAGAAAGCUUUGGAACAAUUGGGCGGCGUGCUGCUGAUAACCUGAGAAGACACCACCAGUAUCAAGAGGUGAUGAGGAACCUGGUGAAGCGCUACGUGGCAGCCAUGAUCAGAGAGGCAAAAACUGAAGAGGGCCUGACGGAGGAGAAUGUCAAGGAACUAAAGCAAGACAUUUCUAGCUUCCGCUUUGAAGUUCUGGGAUUGCUCCGAGGAAGCAAGCUCUCCACAAUACAGUCAGCCAACGCCGCGGCGAGUCCGGCAGACUCCGACGAAAAGAGCCACAGUGAAGGUAAUAGCAAGGACAAGAAAAAGAAUCUCAGCCUCUUUGAUUUAACCACUCUGAUCCACCCAAGGUCAGCAGUCAUUGCCUCCGAGAGACAGAACGUAAGCAAUGGUUCCGCCCUGGUGGUGCAGGAGCCGCCCAGGGAGAAGCAGAGAAAAGCGAAUUUUGUGGCUGAGAUCAAAAACUUCGGGUUAUUUCAUAGACGGUCAAAACAAAAUGCUGCUGAGCAAAACGCAAACCAAAUCUUCUCUGUUUCAGAAGAAAUUACUCGUCAACAGGCGGCAGGACCACUUGAGAGAAAUAUCCAACUGGAAUCCCAAGGAUUAGCUUCACGGGGUGACCUCAGCAUUCCUGGUCUCAAUGAACAGUGUGUACUAGUAGACCAUAGAGAAAGGAAUACGGACACUUUGGGUUUACAGGUAGGCAAGAGAGUGUGCUCCUUCAAGUCAGAGAAGGUGGUGGUGGAAGACACGGUCCCAAUCAUACCAAAGGGGAAGCGUGCCCACGAGGAGGACUCGAGCAUAGACUAUGAUUUAAGCCCCACAGACACAACGUCCCAUGAAGAUUAUGUGACCACAAGAUUGUGACACUUGGAGGAAGGAAGUUUACCAUACCUAUACAUAUUUUCCAUAGUGCUCUGGGUGGGGAAGAUGUUUGAAAUUAUGUUAUCAAAUGCUAAUUUACACUUUCUAGUGUUUAUCCAUUGUGGCAUAUUAACCUAUAACAUGUUUAAACAAAGCAGAGGCAACUUGAACCCUCCUCUUUUGUAGCCUGCUUUUGCUUUCACGGUUUAUUUUACAAAUGUCUCUGUUAAAUAAAAGCACCUUGUAUCCUUGUACUGUUGCGAUAACCCACAGAAAAUUUCUAGCUAUCUUUUUCAAUUAAAACCGAUGCAAUUGAUUACAUGUGGUAAGUGACUCCUACAAUAGCUAUUUUUAUAUACAAAACAGUAUAUAUUGAAAUAUUAAGCACUAGACAUUUUCAUAACUUGGGGGGAUUGCUAGAGAUGGUUAUUCACUGAAGAAUUCCAUGUAGACCUACAGUUUGUCUCUAAUAAGCAGCCAUUACCAAAUUACUUCUCAUGAACAUGUAAAUAAUUAUCAGACACAGCUAAAACAAGCUACCAUCUACCCAUGGGAUCUACAUUCCAACCUUUUAUUACAAAGUCUGAUGGAGUUCACAGACCUUCUAGGCUAUAUUUUCAAUAGUAAAAGAAAGGUUUCCUCGAUGAUUGACAGUUUGUCUUAGCAUUUUGUCAUCAAAUUCAUAGCUCUAACUUAAAAAAAAAAAGUUGUGAGUUUCAGGUUCAACUGUUUGUCAAGAUAAAUAUAAAUAUGGCCCUUUGUCCGAAGGUUGGAAAUCCAGCUCUUUGCAAGGUUCUCAGUAAUAAAAUAACAAUAAACCCUAAUUGUUCAAGUACUUAGACAAGGUAAUGUGCACAUCCAGGUAAAGUCACACUAGAAUCCAAACAUGAGAAAAAUUAUUUUCUGAUGCCCUGAGUGCUCAAUGGUGUUGUCAGUUUAGCAGAGGAACGAAAGAAAGCCUUCCCCAAUGAUGAGUAUAUAUUUCUUUAAAAAGAAAAUGACUCAAAAACUUUAUCAGUAGAAUCAAUACAGUGUAUAGUUUUCCUUAUGGGAAGUUUUUAUUCCUGUUUCUUUUGCUGUUUACAAGAUAAUUUUCCUUAGAUUGCAAUCAUUUCCCAGACUUCCAAAAGAAAAAUAUUCACACAUAUUCUAAGAACGGCAUUGGCGAAAAGUUUAAAUUAAUUACUCAUGUCUCUGGUAAGCCAUCACAGGAAGUUUCCUCAACCCAUGCAAUUAGCUUUUAUUUCAAAUCAAUGAAAAUUGUUGAGUCUAUUUCACUUUAGAAUUGUCUCUGUGGACUACGCAAAUGAUGUCAUUUAGCACUGAUCAGAGCUGUAUGAUAUGACCACAAGUAAGAAACUGCAGCCAUAAUGGUGUCAGACACUCUUCUUUGGGCGCAAAACACAUGGAGAUGUUUAAAUUGCUGCCAUUUUUAUCUCGUGCACAGAUGAGGAAACCGAGUCAGGCUAUAACCUGAAGUAACUGUGAUAGAGUUUUUCCAUAGCCUUAGGGGCCGUUUCCGACAUCACAGCUCC